AACUUUUUUAAAAAGAUUUUAUUUAUUCAUUCAUGAGAAAUUAUAGGAGAGAUAGAACCAAACAUCACUCUGGUACAUGUGCUGGCGGGGAUUGAAUUAGGACCUCAUGCUUGAGAGUCCAAUGCCUUAUCCACUGCACCACCUCCCGGACCACCCCAGUGAGCUGUCUCUUAGGCCCUCAGCCAAUUCUUUCCCCCUGCAAAUGGCCUCCCUAGGAAGGAGUGUUUCCCUGGCCCGGCCAGGCUGCUGAUCACGUGAGCCAAUGCAUGAGCCCAGCGGGAAAGGACACAGCAGGGUGACCUUCGCACCAAUUGGCCACAUCUUGACAGGACUGCGCCAGUCAGAGCAAGAAGCCUAUCAGUUCAUUCUGGAGUUUAUAGAUCAAGGAAAUGCGAUGGAGUUGGACAAGCUGAAAUUCCUGAGGGCUGUGGAAACCUUGAGUGAUGCUGUUCGUUACCAGGCAGACGCGAAUAUAAACAAGUAUUUUCCCAAAGUCAUCCUGGCCAAGAAAAUUGAGGCAAUAAUACUUGAAGAACCCACUGAGAACUUGACCAGCAAUGUCUGUCAGCAAGCCAUGCUCUGCAUUGUGGCUCUGAGCCAGGUGAACCCACAGUUCUAUUUACCCCAGAAGCUGGACCUGGUGAGCGCAGCCAUUACUAGUGUGUUCCCUCUGCCGCUCAUCACGCCCAGCCCAGACCGGAAGGAAAGCGCGAGUCUCUACCUCCAGACAAUCCAGGCCUUCGAUGAAAUGCUGCAGGCACUUGUGAUGGAGCAUAUGGAGCCCAGCAUGUUCAUCCUGCAGAACAUUCUUGAGAUCAUCUUGCCUUGGCUGACACAGGCAGAGAAGGUGCACGAGCAGACCCGUGCGCUGGGCGCCAUGGCCCGGAUGCUGAGGUUCCUCUGCAACUUCCCGGAGCUGUCGCACAUGGCAGAGUUCACAGUGAGCGGGAAGCUGGUGGGCACGCUGGGCCUGUACUGCAUCCACCACCAGGCGGAGGUCAGCUCGGGGGCGGCCGAGACGCUGCACUACCUGUUCAAGGUCCUGGUGCUCCAGAGAAGUCUGAAACAGAAGACAGAGACCAUCCUGAAAAAUUUGCAGAAGAAUUUCCGUGGGGACUGGUCCGCCAACAUACAGAACCUCACGAUGUUCUUUAGGUCUUAUCUGACCCCCAAUGAGAGAGCUGACAUGAUCCUGGUGCUGCUGGAGGCCAUGACCAAAGACAACCCGCACGGGGUGGACGCUGCCUCCAAGGUGCUGCGGACGGUCAUGAAGUACUCAAUGCCGGAGAUCGGGAAGGUGCCGGUGAUCAUCCAGUUCAUCUACCAGAAUCUGAACCGCAUUACCAACAACGUUGCCCGAGGCAUCGUAAAGAAGGUCCUCCACCUGUUGGCCCAGAACUACACAGAUCAAGUCAUCCUGACACUUGUGGAGAUUGAGGACCACAUUCCGAGGGGGAUUUGCAAGCCCUGGGAGAUCCUGUCCUCGUUCCCCAAAGGUUACGAGAUGAUCCUGGAGUACCUGCUGCAGAAUCUGACCACCUACCAGCAGCCCAGCAGCCAGGAGCCUGACCAGAGAGCCAAGAUCUCCUUGCGGAUUGCCACCAGAGCCAUCCACGAGCUCCUGCUGGAGCCAGACCGCCGGCUGGAAGUGCAGACCAUCUUCCCCUCGAUGUUCAUGGCCCUACUGUACCAGAUGUCCUUCCUUGUGGUGGAAGGGGGCGCACAGGCAAUGCAGGACGAGCAGCAGUCCGGCGAGUGGGUGGACCUCGUCAGUACCACGUUGGAAACCAUGAAGAGUCUUAUGCGAAGUUCAGGCUAUGGGGAACUUGUGUCUUAUAUUCAGAAGCUGGAGGGCUGGGAGCUGCUCAUCAUUCCUGAGAGACACUACGAGGGCGUCACUGUGCUGGCCAGGGUCAUGGUCCUCAAGAACUGUUGGCAUAGCCGGCCCAUCUUCAGCCUCAUUAUCAGGAUCCUCCAGCAACUCAACUGCACAAAUCAUAUCACAUCCAUCGUGCUUCUGAUUGAGCUGGUCCGGUGCCCCAGCCUGGCAGCUAUGAUGGAUGAUGUUGCUACCCAAGUCCUGGGGAACUGGUUUCAGUGCGAGGAGCCGGCCACAGUGAAGCUGCUGCUGCAAGUGGUGGAGAUCUUCGCGAAGCAUGGCACCAUGGCCAGGCAGAUCCGCAUCCUCCAGCCCCACGUGUUCAAGUGCUGUUACUCCCUGGACAGUGACCUGGUGAUGGAGACCUUCCUGCUGCUGCACCGGCUGUUGGAGCACCUCAGCUGGCAGAACGCCCCCUCCUUCCUCACGCAGCUCGCCUUCACCCUGGGCUCCUUCUUUGAAGAGGAGUCUGAGAGUCUGCGUGUGAUGGCCUUUGAGAUCUACGGGGCUCUCUUGGCCAAGGUCAAGAGGCGGAUCCUGGUCUUCCCCCUAAGGCACCAGGUCCUCAACCUCAUCGUCCUCCUGGUGCUCCACCUGCUUGAUGAGAACUCACACGUGGCUCAGAUCUGCCGGCUGGCCCUGUGCCACACGGCCACCAUCUUGGGCUGGGCACGGCUCAAGGUCACAUUUGCUGAGAGAGACACAUGGUCAAUCCUCAGGGCCCUGCUGGAGCAGGAGGCCAGCAAGGCGCUCUGGUUCCUGAGGCAGAGCCUGGCUCUCUUCAACAACCCGCAGACACCCAUCCGCCAGGCUGCUGUGUGGUUCUCAGGCCAGGUCAUCCAGAUCCUCAGUGAGGAGGAGACCAGUGACAUCGAUGAUGUGUAUUCAGCCCUCAGGCAGAAGCAGAGAGACCCAGAGCCCACUGUCAGCUGCCUGGCCACGCAGAUCUUCUACAUCCUGGAAGUCAAGGAGAGGAGGCUGUCAGCCAGCCCUGCCUUAUGCUUCUGUCACAGGAGGUCUUGAGAGGGUGCCUGCGAUGGUGACAGUGACAGUGGCCAGCUCCUGAGCAGCCGCAUGCCUCAGCAGGGUCCUUAUAAUAAAAGGAGGCCGUGUGAGCUUUUGUGAAGUGUUUCCUGGUCAUUCCACUCCAAGGAGCUCUUGGCUGUUUUGAGAUUCUUCUCCCACUCAGCUACGUGCGCUGAGAGCUUUUGACUUUAAACACUGACUUGCUCUCAGUGCAGGGAGAGAUGUGAUGUGGGGGACACUAGGGUAUGUCCUCAGUCAGGUGCACCAGGGAAGGCCUGCCCUUCCCUCUAGGUUGCCACUUCUGUGAUCUCUGUCUUUGGAGAUAGGGAUGGCCUGGGGGGGGUGAGGGGGGGGAGUAACACCAUCCUCAGAAGCCCCUAGAGGAGUGGCUCCCAGUAGCUGUCUGAGGGACCAGGUGUCAGGGCAGCUGGCCAUGGCUCCCUGUGGGGCCCUUGCAGACCUGCAGAGGGGCAUGGCAGGACCUCUGGAGAUGGUAGGGGAACCAUGGUCCUCAGAGGGGAACUGCCUUUUCAAUUUUCCUGUCUGCUCUAGACCAGAAGGAAACUGGUGAGUGGUCAGGUGGAUCUGAGUUCCAGUCCUGCUUCAGUUCUUACAAGCUGAGGUCAUGGGCAAGUCACCUCCUUCUUGACUCUUCUCACUUCAGAGAGAGACCCUGGCUUUGUGGGACAGCUCGCUCAGCAGAGUGCACACUUUAUAAUGCUCGAGGACCUGGGUUUGAGCCCCUGGCACUGUAUGGGAGUCCCAUGCGUGGCAGCCGGGGACACAAUGAAUAGUACAGUGGUGCUGUGGGAGCUCUCCUUUGCCUCCAAAUUGCAGCCCCCCUUCCCCAGUUUCUAUCUGUUAAAAGGAAAAAAAAAGGGGGCUGGGUGGUGGCACACCUGGUUGAGUGCACAUUACAGUGCACAAGGAUCCAGGUUCAAGCUCCAAGUCCCCAACUACAGAGGGAAUGCUUUGCAAGUGGUGAAGCAGUGUUGCAGGUGUCUGUCUCUCCCCCUCUAUUACCCCCUAAAAUAAAGAUAAAAAAAUUUUAAAAAUGGAAAAAAGGGCAUUGUGGUGGGUGGAAUAACAACUGUGAAGCCCCUGCA